AUGGCGGCUCUCCUCCAGUCCUCUUCCUCCCCCGGCCUGCCCGCUAGGGUUUCCCACCGGCCCGAGGGACGGCGGGCCCCAAUCUGCCUUCUCACGGCACCCCGCGGCGCUGCCAAAGCCCCCCCGGGGGCGGCGGCGGCGGCAGCGGCGGGGCAGUUCGCCCUCCCCAGCUGGAGGAACGGGAAGGGCGGGGGCGGCGGAGGCGACCAGCGGGCCAAGGAGCUGCGGCUGAACGACACCUUUCUGUACCUGGAGCACAUGGUAGGGAGGGGGCUCUCCCCCAACCUGGAGCAGGCCACGCAGCUCCUGUACGAACUCUGCAAGGUGAACAAGAUCCGCAAGGCCCUGCGGGUGAUGGACCUGAUGGUCUCCGCGGGGACGACCCCCGACUCCUCUACGUUCACCUUCCUGGUGAACCAACUCUGCAAGCGGGGCAACGUGGGCUACGCCAUGCAGCUGGUGGACAAGAUGGACGAGCUCGGCUGCGCGCCCACCACGGCCACCUACAACUCCCUGGUGCGCGGCCUCUGCAUCCACGGCAAUCUGCAGCAGAGCCUGCAGCUCCUGGACCGGCUGAUGCAGCGGGGGCUCACCCCCAACGUCUUCACUUACUCCUUCCUCCUGGAAGCGGCCUACAAGGAGAGGGGCGUCGACGAGGCUGCCAAGCUCCUGGAGGAGAUCGUCGUCAAGGGCGGGAAGCCCAACCUGGUCAGCUACAACGUCCUGCUCACGGGGCUCUGCAAGGAGGGCCGCUUCGAGGACGCCUUCCGCCUCUUCCGGGAACUCCCCGGCAAGGGCUUCCGCCCCAAUGUGGUGAGCUACAACAUCAUGCUGCGGAGCCUCUGCUACGACGGGCGGUGGGCGGAGUCGGAAGAGCUGCUUUCGGAGAUGGGCAGCCGCGGGUGCUCCCCCAGCAUCAUCACCUUCAACAUCCUCAUCGGCUCGCUGGCCGCCCACGGGCGCACGGGGCAGGCCCUGGAGGUGCUCGAGGAGAUGACCCGGGGGGGGUUCAAGCCCAACGCUGCCAGCUACAACCCCAUCAUCGCCCGCUUCUGCCGGGAGAGAAACCUCGCGGCGGCGGAGCGCUGCCUCGAGAUGAUGGCGCAGAAGAGCUGCCCCUUCAACGAGGGCACCUACAACGCGGUGGCGGCGCUCUGCGGGGAGGGCAUGGUGGCGGAAGCCUUCGCCGUGAUCCAGGGCCUGGGGGGCAAGCAGGACUGCCCCAUGCACGACUUCUACCGCACCGUCAUCUCCGUCCUCUGCAAGAAGGGCAGCACCCUCGCGGCCUUCCAGCUUCUCGAGGCCAUGACGGCCAAAUCCGGAUUCACCCCGGACUCCUACACCAUCUCCUCCCUGAUCCGCGGGCUCUGCCUGGAGGGCAUGCUCGACGAGGCCCUGCAGAUCUUCGAGGUCAUGGAGGAGAACGGCUCCAGGCCGGACAUCGACAACUACAACGCCCUCAUCCUCGGCAUGUGCAAGGCCCAGCGGACCGACCUCGCCGUCGACGUCUUCGCCAUGAUGAUCCACAAGGGCUACCCGCCCAACGAGACCUCCUACAUAAUCUUCGUCGAGGGCCUCGCCCACGAGGACCAGCCGGAGCUCGCGGCGGCGGUCCUCGGGGAGCUCCACUCCAGGGAGGCUGUCAGCCGCACCACCGCCGAGAGGAUCUCCAUGCAGUACGACCUGGACUUGCUCCUCGACUGA